UGGUUUAUUCAGCAAAGCUAGGUAGGUAAUACACGGGAAAUGGGCAUUACAGUGCUGUAAUACAGAAUCCGAAUAUAUAGCGGUUUUUAAAAAAAAAUGGGAAGUCUACAUACAAACUAUUUUGACAUUUUAGCGGUCACCAGUUUGGUACGUGUUCUAUUCGGUCACCAGCUUGGUGCGUAUUCUAUUCGGCUCUCGCGGAAUAAGGCCUAACCAGAUCCUCUUAGAAAACGACACGAGUCUUUCACGAUGGCACAUGUAACGUUAUAGUCUGAAGUCUUUUUGUGAGAAGGAUUGUUUUUGUCCAAAUAUAUCAGUUAACUUUUGAACACAGUUUGCUAUAUGUAAUAUUCCGAGAUUAAUAUGGAUACGGUAAUCCUAGCUCACCAGUCGGCGCAGUUUGUCCACCCGGUAUACAACCCUGGAGCAGCGGGUAUAUGCCCUGAAAUGCUCGAGGUGGCAGAGGAAGCAAACCGGGCAGGUGACUACGACCUUGCCGCGGAGAUCUAUAGUUCUCAGCUGGCGGACCUCCAGCAACCAGACCGGGGCCUCUGUUUGCGCAAAGCCGACGCUUUGGCCCAGACCGGGCGGAUAGCGGAGGCGCUUGACUCAUACUGCAUCGCGGCCAACAUUUGCGAACUUCGGCCAGGCGAAUUACAGCUUCUGGUUGAAAACAUAGCACGGACUCUUAGGGAGAAGGAGCUAAACAUUAAUGCGAAGUCAACGAGUUGUCAUAAUAGGGGGAAUGGAAACGAUGGGGUUGAGGCCGAUGGGGCGUUUGAGGAAGAACCCCUGGACUUGUUUUCAUGCCGCCUUUGUAGGUGUUUACUGUCAGAACCAACCACCUUGGAGUGCGGCCAUACGUUUUGCAAACAUUGUUUAGAAGAAGAAACUGUCAAAGACUGCAUACAAUGCAAACAUAAACUGAACAAAAAAGACGGACAGAUCCUGACCAUUGGGUUUAGAGUAAAUGUCAUCCUCAGUAGUUUGUUGGAUAAAUGUUUCGACGCUGAAAGUAAAGCCAGGAGGCAUUGGAUAGAAGGUGAGGUCUCACGAAAGAAGCACGACUACACUGAUGCCUUGGAGAAGUACAACAAAGCCGUAGAACUGGGUAAGAUAAUGUAACAUUUUCAGUAAGUUUGAAUAAGCAAUUGUCGAAUUCAUAUGUUUUAGAACAGAUUGUGUUUUUUAUGUUUCCCUUUUACCGAUUUAUAACCAAAUAUCUGGGACACUAGAUGACCUACUUUUCACUACUCCGCAUUGUCACCGAUAGGGGGCGACACUGUACCCUUUCAGCUCUCGAAGCAAUCAUUUCAUAAGCCCAGUAGCCCCACCCGCCUUUAUUACCAAACCCACAAUUCUGCCCUGAGUCACAUACCCCAUGGAUUGAUUUAAUAAUGCUCGCAUAAUGGUUAUGCUGUUACAUUCAAAUGGACUGGACUCCAUUUAGUCUUUUCCUCACUGGCUAUGUAGAAUAAGUAGGCCUUUUAUUGGGGCAUAUUACAUUAUUGGAUGUAAGCAUGUUGGCAUUUAUUGUCAUGACUCUUGACCUGGAGGCAUCUCUGCAGAGUGGUCACUAGCUAGCACAGCCACUAAGUCAUACAAUCUGAUUUUAACACUAACCUUAACCACACUGCUAACCCUAAUACCUAACCUUAAAUUAAAGCUGCAAUAUGUGAGUUAUAUAUCUGUCAUUCUCAUUGACAGCAAGUCUAAGAAGCAUUAGAUCUGUUCUAUUUGCGCUAUUUCUAUGCUUCCCGUUAAGUUAGCUUUUUGCGUCUUUUACUUUCAAUUUUGUACACCACCUUAAAAUACAAUCUUUUUGGUUAUUGAAAAUAUAUUUCUAAACAGUUUAGAUGGUACAAUGAUUAUCUUGCCAGUUUUGUCACAUAAACUGAAAUUAGGCAAACGAUUAUAAUUUUAGCAACCAGGAAAUAGCGGUGCGAUUUCUACAUAUUGUACCUUUUUAAGGCCAAAAAAACCCUGACAGGUGUGGCAUAUCAAGGAGCUGAUUAAACAGCAUGAUCCUUACACAGGUACACCUUGUGCUGGGGACAAUAAAAAGCCACUCUAAAAUGUGCAGUUUUGUCACACAACACAAUGCCACAGAUGUCUCAAGUUUUGAGGGUGUGUGCAAUUGGCAUGCUGACUGCAGGAAUUUCCACCAGAGCUGUUGCCUGAUAAUUUAAUGUUAAUUUAUCGACCAUAAGCCAAUUCAAUGUCAUUUUAGAGAAUUUGGCAGGACGUCCAACCGGCCUCACAACCGCAGACCACGUGUAACCACUCCAGCCCAGGACCGCCACAUCCGUCUUCUUCACCUGCAGAAAACGUCUGAGACCAGCAACCCGUACAGCUGAUGAAACUGUGGGUUUGCACAACAAAAUAUUUUCUGCACAAACUGUCAGAAACCGUCUCAGGGAAGAUCAUCUGCGUGCUCGUCACCCUCACCAGGGUCGUGACCGACUUCAGUUGGCAGAUGCUCACAUUCGAUGGCCACUGGCACGCUGGAGAAGUGUGCUCUUCACGGAUGAACACCUGUUUCAACUGUACCGGGCAGAUGGCAUGUGGGUGGGCGGUUUGCUGUUGUCAACGUUGUGAACAGAGUGCCCCAUGGUGGCAGUGGGGUUAUGGUAUGGGCAGGCAUAAGCUACGGACAACGAACACAAUUGCAUUUUAUCGAUGGCAAGUUGAAUGCACAGAGAUACUGUGACGAGAUCCUGAGGCCCAUUGUCGUGCCAUUCAUCUGCCCCCAUCACCUCAUGUUUCAGCAUGAUAAUGCAUGGCCCCAAGUCACAAGGAUCUGUACACAAUUCUUGGAAGCUGAAAAUGGCCCAGUUCUUCCAUGGCCUGCAUACUCAUUAGACAUGUAACCCAUUGAGGAUAUUUGGGAUGCUCUGGAUCGAUGUGUAUGACAGCGUGCUCCAGUUCCCGUUAAUAUCCAGCAACUUCGUACAGCCAUUGAAGAGGAAUGGGACAACAUUCCACAGGCCACAAUCAACAGCCGGAUCAACUCUGUGAAGGAGAUGUGUCAAGCUGCAUGAGGCAAAUGGUGGUCACACCAGAUACUGAUUGGUUUUCUUAUCAACGCCCCUACCUUUUUUUGAAGGUAUCUGUGACCAACCGAUGCAUAUUUGUAUUCCCAGUCAUGUGAAAUCCAUAUAUUUAGGGCCUAAUGAAUUUAUUUCAAUUGAUAUAUUUCCUUACACUGUAUGAACUGUAACUCAGUAAAAUCGUAGAAAUUGUUGCAUGUUGUGUUUAUAUAUUUUUCCAGUGUAUAUUAUUUUUUGGGACAGGUCGAAACACAUGAAACAUUCAUGGACAUUUAGCUAGCUAGCUUGCUGUUGGUAGCUAAUUUGUCUUGGGAUAUAAACAUUGGGUUGUUAUUUUACCUGAAAUGCACAAGGUCCUUUUUUUUCUGGAUCUUUGUAGAAUUGUGAUCCAUUUUGAGUCACACAAAAUGGUGUGUUCUCUACUCCAACAAUUAAUCCUCAGAUAAAAGGGGAAACCUAGUUAGUUUCUAGUAAUCGCUCAUCCUUCAGUCUUAUUCUUCUGUGGACUUUAUAUGGCGGUUGGCAACCAACUUUGACUGGAAUGUGGACCUCAGUUCAUCUUUCAAUCCCCCACGUGGGUAUAUGCUCCAAAAAAACAAUGAGGAGAUGGGAGAGGCGGGACUUGCAGGCCAUCAAGCGUCAAAAAUAGAACGAAGUUUUAUUUUUGCGCCUGGCUACGCAGACGCUCGCAGUUUGGAUGAAAUGAUUGAAUAACAUGUAUGUGUAAAUUUACUUUGCAAUGCUCGCAGUGUGGUCAUUAUGUUACACUAGCCUGGGUGACGCGUGACCCACGUGACUACACAGCCAGCUGCAAGGACGUAGAGAGGCUGGUUUUAGCAAGACUACAGUUACUCUCCAUUAGCGUCCUUAUUACACCAGGUCAAAUAAAGUUAUUUGGUUACCAGGUGAUCCAGCAUAUGAUUUCUAAGAUGAUAUAACGCUGCUACAGAAAGAUACCUGUAUUUUAAACAUUAAUUUAGUUAUGUAUUUAUUUCUGAUAUUAAAUUUAACAGUAUUUAAAAUGAAGUUCAAGUCCAUUAGUAUAUUGGUGUUUGGUAAUUGCAGCAUAUAAUUUGCUCCAAACACAAUCAAAAUGUCGGCCUAUAACUUUUUGCUCAAUUAUAUAUUUUUAUAAUUUUUAGGGGGGUAGAUUAUGCUAAAUUAUAUUGAACUUUAUUACAACACAUACUAAUUGCGAGGUGAAGUCAAUUGCCAAAACACUGCAACCUCGUCCAUCCAUUUAGGUUGGUGGCUUUCACGACGUUUGAUGCUUCUCCUUUGACUGAUCACAGGCUGCUAGCGAGUCUACUUUUGAAACACCGGGUCAGCCCUGAGCAGUUCACUCCCUAUAGAUGGCCAGGAGUUGUUUUCCCCAACCUUGUGACCUGAGUUUUACCAGGAUAAACUUGGGCCCGUAAUUAGCCUAACUCCCUAGAAAAAACUCUUGUCCUGACCCUUACUACAGAGAGAGCAUUGAGGCACAGUCAGGAAUGAGAGUGAGCCAGCGUCAGAGGCCCUUUGGUGCUUCAGUAGAGGCCGACCCAACAGCAUAGCACAGCAGCUCUGACUGACCCCAUUCUUUCUGCUUUAAUGUCAGCUACUGACCUGCUUAUGUAAGUCAGGAGGGGAGGGGAGGAGGGGGGCAGGCAUACUGCUUUUACCCACAGAGGCAGAGGCGUCAUAUCAUCCACUGAGCCAAAGAUUCAUAAACUUUUACAUGUUAAUUAUUAUUUAAAAAAUUGUAUACAAAAUAAGAAAACAAACAUGUAUUUACCCCCUUUUUCUCCUCAAUUUUGUGGUAUCCAAUUGCGUUACAAUUACGAUCUUGUCUCAUCGCUGCAACUCCCCAACGGCUCGGGAGAGGCUAAGGUCGAGUCAUGUGUCCUCCGAAACAUGACCCGCCAAACCGCGCUUCUUAACACACGCCCGCUUAACCCGGAAGCCAGCCGCACCAAUGUGUCAGAGGAAAUGUGUUCAACUGACGACCGAAGUCAGCCUGUAGGGGCCCGGCCCCCCACAAGGAGUCGCUAGAGCGCGAUGUGCCAAGUAAAGCCCCCCCGGCCAAACCCGGACGAAGCUGGGCCAAUUGUGUGACGUCCUAUGGGACUCCGGGUCACGGCCGGUUGUGACACAACCUGGGAUCGAACCCGGGUCUGUAGUGACGCCUCUUGUCCUGACCCUUAGACCGCUGCGCCGCAAGGGAGGCCCCAACUUUUAAAUUUGAGUCAUUUACCAGACUCUCUUAUCCAGAGCAACUUAUAGUAGUUAGUGCAAACGCCAUGCUCUACCAGCUGAGCCACACAGGACAGAAUCAUUCAUCAGAAUGUUGACCCCCUCGUCUCUCCCCUCCCCUUCUCACUAGCCAGAAGGGUGUUGUAUGUUAUUGUAGACCUAAUUCCCGGCACAGACUGUGCAUGGUCGAUUAUGGUGCAGUAUUUUGAUUCAAGGGAAAUGCUCUGGUUUGGUCCAGUUUUCCCUACUCAUAGGGUUUGGGGUGAAUAACAUCCAACGUCGCAUUACAUUUUUGCAGAAAAUACACCUUUUAAAGAAGUUGGCAUAUUAUUGCAUAGUAACUGAUACGGAUCUUUGUGAUCUUGUGUACACUGACAACAUUGUACCUGUGUGGAAAGGUGUAAAUGUCAUUUUCUCAUUCUUCCUGUGUUCUCUCUCGGUUCUACAGCGCCAUCUAUAGGUCGGCUACUGGGACAGCGUGCUGAGCUGCACAUGGACAGUAGGAAUUACAGCCAGGCCAUCCAGGAUGCAGAGAGCAUGUGCAGACUCAAACCUCUCUGGCCAAAGGUGUGAGAUAUGGAUAUGUAACUCAAUCUACCCAGCAGAGUAUAGACCUAGACCAUCAGAUGGUCUCUGUAUAUCUGGGCCUAAAUAUUAAUCUAUUAAUGACAGCAGCUGAUAGACACGCAAAAUAGAUCAGAUAGAACUGAAAUCAGGCACUAGUGUCAAUAGGGAAGAGCUUAUGUUGACCAGGUUGAAGAGCCCCUGGAAUUAUAACCCAGGGUGUUAUGACAAGAAUUACCUUAGAUUCCCAUGUUUCCCCUGUUUUUAGAAGGUUAUCUCUCUUAGGCCGCUUACUGUAACAAUAUUCAGAUUAUAGAUUGUUAUUAUCAGUGUUUUGAAUAUACUUUAUAGAGGUAUAAUUGAAAUGCCAUCAGAGUAGUCCCAACUCAACACACCCUCUGGUCUGUGUGAUUUCCUAGGCCCACUACAUCAAGGCCUCAGCCCUGAGUAAAGCCAACUGCAACGAUGAGGCCUUAAAGGAGUACUUCAUGUGUGUGGCGCUCAAGCCUGAUUGGACGACGGUGAAGCUCGAAGCUCAGAAGGUAAUACACAAGUAAAAAAAUUAUAAUAAUAACGUUUCAAAAGCUUUUGUCCAUUUACUUUAAUUAUGCAGACUUAACCACAUACUUAAUGCCCCUUAAUGUCACAUCAUAAUAAUAUAAAAAUGCAGUAUUACUAUGUACGAUAUUACAGUGUAAAUCUGUCUCCAUGCUUACCAGACCCAAUUAGUUUGGUUUUAAAUCCUGCUUUGCUCCACACUAGGUGAUGACGCAAUGCCCCCAUUCCAGCUGUCUUAGCUGGGGAGCUAUUCCAGCCCUAUCCCCUGCUGUCACUGUGGCCUGUUUUAGUAGCUCCACUGCUGUUACAUAUUCACUGCAAUAUCUGCUGUCCAGUGGUGUAAAGUUCUUAAGUAAAAAUACUACUUAAGUCGUUUUUCUGGGGUAUCUGUACUUAACUAUUGAUAUAUUUUUAAACUCUUUACUUCACUACAUUUCCCCUGAGAUCCAAAAGUACUCGUUACAUUUUGAAUGCUUAGCAGGACAUGAAAAUGGUCCAAUUCAGACACUUAUCAAUAUCCCUGGUCAUCCCUACUGCCUCUAAUCAGGCGGACUCACUAAACACACAUGCUUCAUUUGUAAAUUAUAUUUGACUUUUGAUACUUAAAUCCAAAUACUUUUAGACUUUUACUUAAGUAGUAUUUUACUGGGUGACUUUUACUUGAGUCAUUUUCUAAUAAGAUAUCUUUACUCAAGUAUGACAGUUGGGAACUUUUUCCACCACUGGGACUGUCACUAUGACAAGGCAGUCGGUCCAGUUUGUGAGCCGUUGUCCUGUAUUUCCACCAUAUUCCCUUUAAACUCUGGGUACUAGUUAUAAGCUACUUAUGAGUGCAACGACAUUGUAUGAGCUUAUUUACUGACAGUGUGUUUCUGUAGGUGCUUAGUGAGCUGUUCUCGUCAGUGUUUGAGAAGGACGGUCAGCCCACUCCCCUACAUCCCCAACAGGGUGGUCCCUCCACUCGCCUCAAGCCCACCACCCUGCUCAGCUCUCUACACCCCCUCACCACCCCUAAGAGGCCUGGCUGCUCCUCACAGGUCAGUACACACACACACACUUACUUACGCCCCCACACACCUACUUCUCCUAGUAACUCCUCUCUUCUCCUCUCCAGGACCCAGCGUUCAGUGUGAGUAAGAGUUCUCCUUGCGAGGGUCCCUCCGACUUCUCCAAACACCACCUGUCCCCCAGCAGUGAAGCUGUGAAGCCUCUGCUAGAAGACGUCAAGAGUCUGGCCAGUGUCCUGGCUGCCCUGCCUGCCCCCCCAGGAGGCCUCAAGAGGAGACAUAGUGGGGACAGCCCAGCCUUUAAACCCCCCUCCAAACUGCCCAGACCAGAUCAAGCCUGCUCCUCCUCUCACCCUCCUGCUACCUCCCCCGGGGGGAGGACGGUGGCUGCAGACCUGCUCGACAGUAGAGAUAUGGAGUGCUCCCUCUGUAUGAGGUAAGAGGACCACCAACCACCACACAAUUAUACAUUUACAAUUAGCCACUCAGUGUUAGAUUUUCAGUCAAUACUGACAAUUACUUCAACUGUUAAAGCUUAUGUUAUUGUGUUUCCUCCAGGCUGUUCUAUGAGCCCGUCGCCACCCCCUGUGGACACACCUUCUGCCUCAAGUGUCUGGAGCGCUGUCUGGACCACAACCCCAAUUGCCCUCUCUGCAAAGAGAACCUCUCAGAGGUAAACACACACAGGAAGUAGCUGUACUCUAUAUGUGGAUAGAUGGCUUCGGGCAGACCUGGUGAUUAUGAAAAAUGAUGGCUUAGGGCUGUCUGAAAUACAAUAUAAUCUCUGUUCUGUGUUUGUUGAGUGUGACUGAGGGAUGGUUUAGCGUGACAAAAACAAAGUUAGCACAAAGCUUCCUCCGACACAGGGAGUGAAGUAGGAUAUUGGGACAAUAAAUAAUUAAAGGAGAAUUCACAAAAGACAUGGAUGAUCCAGUAGAAUGUGAAUGUAACGUCCUAUUCCUCUGUGUUCUGUAUAAUACCAGUAUCUGGCCACUAGAGGGUACAACAAGACCCUGCUGAUGGAGGAGGUGCUGCAGCGUUACCUGGGAGACGAGCUGGUGGAGAGGAAGAAAAUCCACGAGGAGGAGAUGAAGGAACUGUCUAAGUGAGUCUCUCUCACACUCACACACACACAUUAGCACACAAACACAGAUUUGAUCACUUUACUAAGCCAUUGAUUUUAUGGUAAAUUAAUUGCGUAGUAGCAAUGUCAGUGAGUUAACUGCACUUCAACAGUCCUGCUUUUUAGCUAAUCGCUGACCAAUAUCGUAUCCCUCCUUACACCCUAGCUUGAACCAGGAAGUUCCGAUCUUUGUGUGCACCAUGGCCUUCCCCACCAUCCCCUGUCCGCUGCAUGUCUUCGAACCGUGCUACCGCCUCAUGAUUCGUCGCUCCAUGGAGACCGGAACCAAACAGUUUGGCAUGUGCAUCGCUGACGAGUUGAAGGGUUUCGCUGACUAUGGCUGCAUGCUGGAGGUCCGGGACGUAAAGUUCUUCCCCGAUGGGAGGUCUGUGGUCGACACCAUCGGAGUGUCCCGCUUCAAAGUGCUGAGCCACGGCCAGAGAGACGGAUACAACACGGCCAAGAUAGAGUACCUGGAGGAUAAGAAGGUGUGUGUGUUAGGGUUGGUGUGUGCUGGCUAAUGCUGUGUGUGAGGAAUGUUUUGCAUGUAUGUGGAUACAAAGAGUGCAUUAGAGAUAUUUGGAUAGAUCUAGAUAGAUAUUCAUAUCCUCACUUUUGUACGUUUGGUGUGUAUGUGUUUGGUGUGUGUAUGAUUAGAGUGUGUGUAUGUGAUCCUUAGUCUUCCAUCCCAACCGUGUGUUCCAUUGUGUGUGUGUACUGUGUGUGCUGACAGUAUUAUAUAUUGUCUGGUCAGGUGGAGGGCCAGGAGCUAGCAGAGCUGCAGAAGCUUUAUGUCUCUGUGUACGACCAGGCCAGCGGCUGGUUCACCUCCCUCAAAGACAACAUGAAGAGCCAGAUAAUCAGCCACUUUGGACACCUGCCUGGGAAGGACCCUGACCCACAGGUACGACACUAACCUAACCAUCACACAUGCACUUCUCUCCUGGUGAGAAUCACACUCGUAUGUCAUUGAAUGUGCUGCGUUUAUCAAGCUCUUUCCCUCCCCUCCCCUCCUUUCUCUUUUUCUUUCUCUCUUUCUCCCCCCCCAGGGUAAUCCCAGUGGUCCAGCGUGGGCUUGGUGGCUGUUGGCUGUACUGCCUCUGGACAACCGUGCCCAGCUCACCAUCCUGGCCAUGCCCUCCCUCAAGGACCGCCUCAUCGCCAUCCGCAGGGUCCUUAUCUUCGUCACGCGCAAGAGACCCCGAUGA